ACCUCUAUUCUCUUUGAAAAAUGACACUAAAAAGAUAUGGAUAAACCCUAACACUUACCAAGAAAAACCAUGGCAACAAUCCAUUUUCUUCCACAAUCUCUUCCUCAUCAUUCAUACAAUUCACUAACACCCUCCAAGUUUAGAAAAAGUCCACCUAAGUCCACCACCCAUGACCACCCCACCACCACCACCCAAGAACCCCCUAAACGUGGCCACAAAAAAUCAUCCACCCCCACAAGUUCAAAAAAAUCAAGAACCACCCAAAAAGAUUCAAACUUUACACAAUCCAACACCCAAAUUGAAAAACUUUCAAGAAAUGAUUUCAAGAUUGAUGAUUAUGAUGAUGGGGUUGAUUUUCCAUACCCAAAUCCACCUUUAGUGUGUUGUUUUGGUGCAGCACAAAAGGAAUUUGUGCCAACAGUUAGAAUAUCACAUGAACAAAUGGAUAAAGAUAAAUAUUCAGAAUGGAAAAUGUUGCAAUGGAAUCCACCUGAAUUUGUUAGAGCACCUGGUGGACCACCAUCUAAUGUUGCUAUAUCACAUGUUAGGCUUGGUGGUAGAGCUGCAUUUAUGGGAAAAGUUGGGAAUGAUGAAUUUGGUCAAGAAAUGGUUUUGUUAAUGAAUAAAGAGAAUGUGCAAACAAGGGGUGUUAAAUUUGAUGAUAAGUUGAGGACUGGAUGUACUUAUAUGAAAAUUAAGUUUAAGGAUGGGAAAAUGAGGGCUGAGAGUGUUAAGGAAUCUGCUGAGGAUUCUCUGCUUAGCAAUGAAUUGAAUCUUGAUGUGCUGAAAGAGGCUAGGAUGUUCCAUUUUAAUUCUGAAGUCUUGACAUCUUCAUCUAUGCGUUCAACUCUUUUUAAAGCAAUUACAUUGUCAAAGAAGUUUGGUGGUCUUGUAUUUUUUGACUUGAAUCUGCCAUUACCCUUGUGGAGAUCACGUGAUGAAACAAGACAUUUGAUCAAGGAAGCCUGGGAACAAGCUAACAUCAUUGAGGUCUCAAGGCAAGAGCUUGAAUUCCUUCUUGACGAAGAGCAUUAUGAGAGGAAAAGGAAUUAUACACCUCAAUACUUCGCGGAGACUUAUGAACAAACCAAACAAAGAAGAAAUUAUUAUCACUAUACUCCUGAGGAAAUUGCUCCCUUAUGGCACGACGGACUGAAGCUUUUGUUUGUUACAGAUGGGACACUUAGGAUUCAUUACUACUCUCCUUCUUUUGAUGGGGUGGUGGUUGGUACGGAAGAUGUGCUCAUAACACCGUUUACUUGUGAUAGAACUGGUUCUGGUGAUGCCGUUGUCGCUGGAAUAAUGAGAAAAUUGACGACACAACCAGAGAUGUACGACGAUCAAGAUGUUCUGGAGAGGCAACUUCGGUUUGCAAUUGCAGCAGGCAUAAUAUCCCAGUGGACAAUUGGUGCUGUUAGGGGUUUUCCCACGGAAAGUGCCACACAGAAUCUCAAAGAGCAGGUCUAUGUACCAUCUAUGUGGUAGUAGUGCCACAAUGCCAAUUCUCAGGACAUUGUAUGUUGUAGUCACUACUUAAAGUAGAUUUUGUUGUAAUUAAUCCACAGCAUUUCACAAAUAAUAGGUUCUUGAGGAAGUGGAUUCAGGAUUAUAGCCUAAAUUGAAGGAAGAUCCAAAGUGUUUUUGUGAGUGCAUGAUCUUUGAAAACCAGAUCCAUUUGUAACUGUGAUCAGCUAGGAGGUAUAAUUUUUUGUGCAUCUCAUGGUUAAAGGAUGCAAUAAAGAUUCUACACUGUUGUAAUGAGUGUGCAGUUUUCACCAUUA